CCCUAAUACAGUACCCUUGCGAGUUGCGACGUCCAGUAAUGUCGGCUAGCGUUUCAACCGUUGAUACGAUGUCAAUGACUGUUGGUUUUGUCGGAGCGGGAAAUUUCACGAGAGCUUUAAUUAUUGGUUGGACUUCAGCUGGUAUUCUGAAUGCUGAGCAAAUUUGGGCGAGCGGACCUAAAGAAACGUCAAUAGCAGGUGUUAAGAAUUUGGGAGUCCACACAACCACAAGUAAUAAGGAAUGUGUUAAGGACAAGAAAGUAAUUAUCUUGUCUGUGAAGCCCCACAUUUUGCCAUCAGUGCUAGAAGACAUUCGCUCGGUUGUCACUCGGGACCAACUGGUUAUGUCAGUAGCGACGGGUGUGCAGCUAGUGACCAUUGAACAGCGCCUUCCUGAUUGCACUAGAAUUGUCCGUAUCGCUACUGCUGGAACAACGUGUUCAGUUAGACAAGCAGCGAGUGUUUUUUCAGUUGGCAAGUGGGCCACAAGUGAAGAUGUGGCUUUAGUGAAGACUCUUAUGUCUGGAGUAGGGAUAUGUGAGGAGUGCAAGGAAUCAUUGGUCAGUGCUGUUUCUGCUCUCACAGCACCGGGCCAUAUGCUGCUUGCAUCUGAGGCAAUGGCCGAUGGAGGAGUUCUUGUUGGUCUGCCACGUCGAUUGGCUCAGACACUCGCAGCUCAAACAAUGAUCGGCAUUGGAAAAUUGAUUCUUGAAAUGAACAAGCACCCUGGGGUGUUGAAGGAUGAGAUUGCGUCUCCUGGAGGAGUUACUAUUGCUAUGAUCGAAUCACUGGAGAAGGCUGGCUUCAGAGGUGCAAUCAUUGACUCAAUUGCUGAAGGUCACAAACAAAGUUUGAGGCUUGCUGAGCAAGCAAGUGUGAACAAUUGUUGAAUAGAUAUCGAAUGCCAUUAUACAUACAUGUACUAUAUAUACAUGUAGGGUGACAUUUCAUAAAUAACUGAAUUGGGC